AUGGUGGCGGACAAGGGGAAGAAGUCGAAGGUGGCGGAGGAGAAUGACCACAUUGAUGGGGAGCUCGUUCUCUCCAUCGAGAGGCUUCAGGAGGUACAGGAUGAGAUCGAGAAGGUGAGCCGCUGCGCCCCUCCUCAUCCCAAUCUCUGUCUUAUUUUCCUUCUUCUGUUCCCGGGAACUGAUCCCAUGGGAGCGGCUCAUCUUUUUUUUCUUCUCUCUCUCGGUUCCUAUUCUCAAUCAUAUUCGGAGCGCUUCCACCAUUGCCCCAAAUGAUGCCUUCUUAUCUCGCGAGAGGGCUCGGUUAUCCCCCAUCGUCCAUUUCCCGAGGGAUAUUCGGCGGCUGCGCUUCCCCGAAACCAGAUCGACCAUGAUAUUUCGCUGGGUUUCCGCGUAGGCCUCUUCUAAUCUUGCGAUAUCUGCAAUACCGCCAUUGUGACAUCAUGACUUGCAGCUUUUUCGCCAUCUUCUGGAGCAGAGAAGAGAGGAGUUUUGUCAUCUUUCUUACAUGAUUUCAUGGCAAAAGAUGGUCUUACAUCCCACGGGUGCAUGGCUUUAGUCCAUAGGAAUGUACAAGUAUUUCCUCAGCUUUCCUGCGAGAGAGGUUCAACUCGGAGCAAAAAUCGACGGGUUUUAUGCCCAGUGAAUUAUGAACAGAGGAUCGAUAUAUAUAUAUAUAUAUAGCGAGAGAGAGAGAGAGAGAGAGAGAGAGAGAGAGAGAGAGAGAGUGAUGGUCGCAGAGUUCAUGAUUUGUUAAUAAAUUUCAUUAUCUCAUAUGAAGAAAUAUAUUUUUCCGUGAAGGGUCUUUGAGCUAUAUUAAUCUUUCUCUGCUGCCAUUUGAAGAACUGAUGCACCAUAUUUCUUCUAUUAACGAUAAUAAUCUGUCUGGAUGAUUUGUCUGUCUGACGAAUUAGCUCCAUUUUUACUCAAACAGCAGGCUUUUUUUAAGGUGGUUUCUGCCACAUGUGAGCAUUGAUAUUCUUCUAACAUUUGCAUUGUUUAAUCGGUUCACGAUCAGAUCCGAGCCAUUCAUUCAGAUUGUCAAAUCAUUCAGUGAUCAUUCCCUUUCUAGGUCAACGAGGAAGCAAGUGACAAGGUCUUAGAGGUCGAGCAGAAGUACAACGAGAUAAGGAGGCCCGUAUACAUCAAGCGGAAUGAGAUCAUCCAGACAAUCCCUGAUUUCUGGCUGACUGCGGUUUGUGCCGAUUCAUCAAUUUUUUAUAUGUAUAUAUAUAUAUAUAUAUACUCAUAUUUAUGUUAUAUUUUUCUCUUCCUCUUCCUCUUCUAUAUAUCUUAUGGUGAUAUUAGAGUUAAUAACCCCGCUUUCCUUUCAACGGAAAAACUUGCAGUUUAUGAGUCAUCCUGCACUUGGCGAGCUACUCAACGAGGAGGACGAGAAGGUCUGCCAGAGAUCCCCAUGAACAUUAAAUAUUCCCUAAUUCACGCAUAAUUUGGCCAAAAAAUAAAAUUUAUUUAUUUAUUUAAUCGGAAAUUAUGUAAAAGCAAAGCCCAUCUUGAUAUCUGGCUCAUUUUACUUUCUCUCUCCAUUUUGUUUUAUUUUUUUAUUUUUUUUAUUUUAUUUGUGUAGAUUUUCAAGCAUCUGACCUCCUUAGAUGUGGAGGACUCCAGAGAUGUGAAGUCGGGCUAUUCUAUUUCCUUUGUGAGUUUAUUCGCCGCCCAAUGAAUGACCACCCCAAUGCAUAGUACUAAAUGUGGUAAAUACCUUCCUUAUGAUCUUCAUGUUUCAGACCUUCUCCUCGAAUCCUUUCUUCGAAGACACCAAGCUUACAAAGGCUUUCAGCUUCUUUGACGAUGGGACGACUAACAUAACGGGCACCAAGAUAAGAUGGAAAGAGGGCAAGGUGAGGAAUGAACACGCUGUGGUUGACUCGUCAAUUUAGUCAACGCCGAUGGUUUUCCUGUGAUGAUGGCAGGGCUUAGCCAAUGGCGUUGGCCCAAAGAUGAAGGACGGCAAGCGGAGUUUCCAUGAUGAGAGGUGGGGGACCAUAAUUUUAGCCCAAAUAAAUGAAAAAUAAUGAUGCGUAUUGUUUUGUGAUUCUGCUACUAUGAUUACUGGUCGAUUCAAGCUGGGGAGUGGUAUUUAUUCACAUGAUCAUUUUUAUUUUUUUUCAGUGACUUUUUCUAGUCAUCUACAUAUUUCUGUGGCCAUGAUAAUUAGUUCGGGAGGAUUAUCUUUCAAUCAGAAGAUUUAUGCUUAACCAUGGUGAUUACAUGCAUGUAUGUAAUCCAUCAUUACUAAUAAUCACUGUUCAUCAGGUUAUGAUGGUCAUUAAUGGUACUUGUGUUGAACAUUUGAAUAUUUAUUUGGUCAAAAUUAAUUGGGUUUUAUAUGGUUGACUGCUAAUUAACAGUAAUUAUUUUUCUUUACAUUGUCUGUAUUAUUAAUCAUUUAUCUUUACACGGAGAGAUGGGUACACUUGAGUAAGAGUGUGUUGCAUGUAAUCCACCGCUGAAUAUUCAUUUGGUCGAAAAUAAUUGGGGUUUAUAUGGUUGACUGCUCGUUUAGAAGUAAUUAUUUGUGUUCAAAAUUUUAAUGCCAUUUUCUGUAUUAUUAAUCAUUUAUCUUCAUUAAAACGUAGCUUCUUCACCUGGUUUGCCGAAACCCAGAAUAAAAAUCUGUCGGAUGGUCUCCAUGAUGAGGUAUCAAUUCUUCAUUUUUCCCCGUGAUUUGGGUCAACUGAUGCUUAAUUUUUCCAACCCUUUUCUUGGUUUGACCGACGAUUUGAGCACAGAGUUGACUUUCAUUCAAUUUCAGGUUGCCGAGAUCAUCAAGGAAGACUUGUGGCCGAACCCUCUCAAGUACUUCAAUAACGUAAGUUGUCCAAUGAGGUGCACAAUCUUGUGCCAUUAACUAUAAUACUCUGGGGUCAGUCGCUCAACGUUUUCAUUUUUUUCCCCAGGAGAUUGAUGACGAUGAGCUUGAUGGGAUUGAAGAUGAUGAGGUCUCUCUCUCUCUCUCUCUCUCUCUCUCUCUCUCUCUCUCUCUCUCUCUCUCUCUCUCUCUCUCUCUCUCCCCCCCCCCCUCUCGCUCUCUCUAUACUAAAGAUCCCAAUAUUUUCCAUAGAUCACCUCCAUCCUGCUCGUUGACUUCAUUAGUUUCACACAUCAGUGGAUAGAAUUUUAUAGAAAGAGAAAAUUUUAGAAAACCAUUUUAUGAAAUUUUUGUGGUCUACAGUUUGAGGUAUUUUUCAUAAGUCCAUGAAGAUGAUGACGAAUGGUGAAAAAAAAUAUUUUAUUUGACUGCAAAAAGUAGGAUUUCUUGGUAAAUAUAGGGAUGAAAGAUGAAAAAAAAAAACGGUCUGGUUUCUAAAAGUAAAUUCUCUUUGUCAGGAGAGGGGCACAGAUGAUGAUGAUGAUGAUGAUGAUGACGAUGAUGAUGAAGAUGAAGAUGAUGACCAAGAACAGGAGGAUGAAGAGGGCGAAGAUGAUGAAGAUUGA